ACGUCCUUAACUUCACCUACAGCUAGACGGUAGAGCCCAAACGCUCGUCACUUGUUACGUUGGUAGCCCAAGGAGUGCUUGCUGUGUUCACGACAUAACUGGUGCCGGAGGAAGUAAAACACUGCGCAAGUAACAGUGUCUUUUGUUUAAUCUGCCUCUACAUUCUCGCGAUGAACAGCGAGGUCUAAUUGUUCAGAACGACGGUGGCAGAAGACCUGACAACAGUCUCCUCAGUAUGGAACCGCUCAAGAAAUGCGAGAAACCAAAUCCUGCGGGAAGUGCUAACCCGCUUUCCAAACUCUUCUUCUUAUGGACACGAAGCAUAUUUUCAAAAGGCUACAAGAAAGAUCUGGAAGAAUCAGACCUUUACACGAUUCUGGAGGAAGACAGAACUGACUUUCUGGGCGGAAAACUAGAAGCAACCUGGAACAAUGAAUUAAAGAUAUCAGAAAAAAAGAAGAGAAGGCCUAGUCUACAGUGGGCAGUUUUCAAGACAUUUUGGAAACAAUACGUAGUUUGUUUUUUAAUGUCUGUCAUCUCUUUCUUAGGAAUAAGGAUUAUUCAGACAAUACUGAUGGGGAAGGUGAUAAGUUACUUCACGCCUGGCAGUGACAUCACGAAGCACGAUGCGAGGAUAUACGGAGGAGUGAUGAUCGCAACGAUAUUCAUCCGCCUGGCAUUCGAUCACCACUACAAUCACCUCAGUUUCAAGGUCGGAAUGCGGGCCCGAGUAGCGUGCUGCUCUCUCGUAUACAGAAAGUUGUUACGCUUCAGCAAAGCCAGCACGGAUAACACGGCUACAGGUCGCAUCGUAAAUCUGAUGUCGAACGACGUGUGUCGAUUUGACUAUGCACCACAGGCCAUUGGAUUUCUCAUAGUCACCCCGCUGCAGACUAUCAUCAUAACGUUCUACCUGUGGACCAUGGUUGGUCCGGCGGCCCUAGUUGGAGUGGCUUUCAUCUUCGUGCAGACAAUGCCAGUACAAACGUAUCUUGGUAAACUAAUCGCGAAACUGCGGAAGAAAAUAGCAGUACGCACGGACGAGCGGAUGAGGCUGAUGACGGAGAUUGUGUCCGGUAUCCAGGUGAUCAAGAUGUACGCCUGGGAGAAGCCUUUCGCAAAACUCGUCGAAAUUGCUCGAUUGAAUGAAAUUAGUAAAGUAACGUAUUCCUCUUAUUUACGAGGCUUCUAUCUGGCUUCUAUCGUGUACCUAGAACGAUCCACGCUCUUCGCAACACUUCUUACUUACGUGUUACUGGGUUACGAUAUUACUCCAGAGAAGGUGUUUACUCUGGCACAGUUCUACAACAACCUCAACCAAACAAUGGCCAUAUAUUUCCCAGCAGCAGUAGAGUACAAAGCAGAAUCCUCAGUUUCCAUCAGACGUCUGGAGGACCUAUUGCUGGAAGAAGAAGCUGAAUGCACAACAACCAACAACAAUAAUAAAUCAGAGACAUCAAACGAGAUAAACAAUGCGAAACCUAAUGGAAUUUCUGACAGUGGAGUGGCGGUUGUGAACGCAAGCGCCAAGUGGAGAGCUGACCUCGUGAGAGACAGCUUGAGUAACAUCACAUUCCGCGUCCCUGAGGGGAAGCUGUGUGCUGUCAUCGGACCCGUCGGCUCGGGGAAGAGUUCCCUUCUGCAAGCUUUAGUGAGGGAGUUGCCAGUAUACAGCGGGUCAGUCUCCAUCAGCGGGACCAUUUCUUACGCGUCGCAGGAACCCUGGUUGUUUGUGGGGACCGUCAGACAGAACAUCCUGUUUGGACAGCCCUUCAUAGCAGAAAAGUACAAGGAGGUUAUCCGGGUCUGCGCCUUGCAAAAGGACUUCGAAAUGUUCCGUCAUGGAGAUAGAACUCUCGUUGGAGAAAAGGGCAUAUCUCUCAGUGGAGGUCAGAGAGCGAGGAUCAACCUCGCCAGGGCCGUGUACCGGAACACAGACGUGUAUCUCUUCGACGAUCCAUUGUCCGCAGUGGACACUCACGUUGGGAAACAUUUGUUCCAAGAAUGCAUCCAGACAUACCUGAGAAACAAGACCAGGAUACUCGUCACCCAUCAGCUGCAAUACAUCAAAGAUGCAGACCUAGUCAUCAUUCUCAACAACGGAGAAAUUGAAAACCAAGGAACAUUCGCUCAGAUGCAGAGUAGUGGUCUAAAUUUUGCCAAACUGUUGGCCAAAGAAGAGAAUGACAACGACAAGGAAGAACCAGCACAAGUCCUUAUCACGAAACGUCUAAUUUCAGACAUGUCCAGCACGGAUGAGAAUGAGUCACACCGGAGGUCAGUUCGAAGACGAAGUACCAGGCGCCGACCAUCUACGAGAGGGGAUUCUGUAAGCGGAUCCUUCAGAAAAGACGGUAGCCUCCGAAAUUCCUUUACUUCUGACGAUUACCAAGCCACGUUGAAAAGAACGAUGAUCAAGAGGCAUAUGCGACAACCGUCCUUAAUGUCCACCGCCUCCAACAAGAAAAAAAGAGGGCCAAACAAUAAAUCUGAGGGCGCUUCUAAGCCGCCAACUGGAGCUAACAUAUUAUGGAGGGGCACUAGAAGGAUGCGUGGUGCGCUGAAAAACAUUCUGCGCAACAGGUCCUUUCUGCAGUGCUGUCCCAUCGCAAUCUACCGCGAUCGCCCGCGUACAAACAGCCAGGAAACCGUUAGCAACAUCAGCGAACGCCAGAGUUCAGACGACAGUUGGUUCGGGGACGACAUGGACGAAUGUGACGAGGAGAACCAAGAAUCAAGAAACAUCGGGACCAUCAGCUACAGAACGUACUGGCAGUACUUCAGCGCUGGUGGCAGUGUUUGCUUCUUCCUCGCGACGGCUUUCAUGCUCAUACUAGCGCAAGUGAUAACUAGCGGCGCUGACUACUGGGUAACAUUUUGGACAAACGAAGAAGUGGUAAGGCAGGCGCAUUUGGAUUCGCUGAAGGAAAGGUUGGCAGCAAACGAAAGCCACAGACCACUGCCUCCCCUUGUUGAGGACUACACCAAAGUAAAUAAGCGCGACUCGCUCAUAAUAUACGGAUGCCUUAUCAUCGCAGCCAUGUUCAUCACAUUAAUACGCUCAAUUAUGUUCAUCAAGACUUGCAUGAAAGCAUCGACCAGGCUUCACAACGCCAUGUUCUCAUCGAUACUUCGGGGCGCGAUGCGCUUCUUCGACACCAACCCUUCCGGAAGGAUCCUCAACAGAUUCUCAAAAGACAUCGGAGCUAUCGAUGAACUUUUGCCACGCUUCAUGCUAGAGUCGAUUCAGGUCUUCCUCGUCCUGAUUGGUAUACUGACCAAUAUCGCCAUAGUCAACACUUAUUUCAUAUUACCAAUGGUUGUCCUCGGCUUCUGCUACUACGGAGUUACAAUUGUGUACCUCAGAACUUCAAGAAAUGUCAAAAGACUGGAAGGAACAACUCGCAGUCCUGUGUACUCUCACCUGUCAGAUACGCUGACUGGCCUCACGACAAUAAGAGUUUCAGGAGCACAGGAAAUGGUGCGAUGUGGUUUCGACUCGAGACAGGACGACCACACUGGUGCAUGGUCCCUUUUUUUGGCCACAAGCAACGCGUUCGGUUUCUGGAUGGACAUUCUGAGCUCACUGUUCGUUGCCAGUAUUACACUCACAUUCUUCAUACUUGAAGAGAACAUAGGCGCAAAGGUUGGACUGGCGCUGUCACAAGCACUUAUAGUGACAGGAAUGCUUCAAUAUGGUCUACUGCGAGCUACUGAGGUGGUGAGUCAGAUGACAUCAGUGGAAAGGGUGCUCGAUUACACCAACAUUGAGAAGGAAGCGGAUCUGGAGUCUGCACCAGACAAGAAACCUGCGCCUACAUGGCCGAGUCAAGGAGGCGUUGAAUUCGAUCAUUUAUAUUUGAAAUAUGGAGAAGAUCAGCCGUGUGUACUAAAGGACCUCCACUUUAAAAUAGCUCCAAGUCAUAAGGUUGGAAUAGUGGGACGGACAGGUGCUGGAAAAUCAUCAUUAAUAUCAGCCCUCUUCCGCCUGGCCAAACUCGACGGUUCUAUCAAGAUAGAUGGCAUCAACACGAAUGAUAUCGGUCUCCAUGACCUACGGGCGAGAAUCUCAAUCAUCCCACAAGAACCUGUUCUUUUUUCGGAGUCGCUCAGACAUAAUCUCGAUCCUUUCGACCAGUUCAGUGACGAAGCCCUAUGGAAUUCUCUCGAAGAGGUUGAUCUGAAAGCAGCUGUGACUAGCCUGGAUAUGCAGGUUCAAGAAGGAGGAAGCAAUUUCAGUGUCGGACAAAGACAACUGAUAUGCUUGGCUAGAGCAAUACUUCGUAAUAACAAGAUAUUGGUGCUGGACGAGGCUACAGCCAACGUUGACCCAGAAACGGAUACCUUCGUACAGGAGACGAUACGAAGGAAAUUCAAGAACUGCACUGUCCUGACAAUCGCUCAUCGACUGAACACUAUCAUGGACUCUGACAGGGUCCUUGUCAUGGAUUCUGGAACCAUGGUCGAAUACGACCAUCCGUACGCAUUGCUACAGAGGAAUAAUGGAUACUUCUUCAAACUGGUGGAAGAAACUGGUCCUACAAUGGCUGACCAACUGCUGAGAGUAGCAGAAGAGGCUUACAAGAAAACGUAUCAAAUUGAUGGAAUACCAGACUACACUGCUCAACAUCUUCGUACUCCCCGCCGUGAGACCCUAAAUCUCAAUCACUAUGAAAAUGUACAUAGAAGUUGUAAGGUGUGCUAGAUCCAU